AUGUCAUCCAAGAUUGUCCCCGUCAUUCAACCAGUCCCUCUACAAACUGGUCCGCCAGAGUAUGAAGCUCUGCGGACAUCCAUCCUCGAAGAGUUCGGCAGUACUGUGCCAGAAGAACUCCGUCUUCCAAAACGCCUCAUCGACAAUCCUCCCAAGAACGUAACCGACAUCCCCAAAACCUGUGGUAUCUUGACCGAUCAAGAAAUCGACAUCACAGAGAACUACGACGCUACAGCACUUGCAGCUGCAAUCGCAUCACGAAAAUUUACAUCCGUCGCUGUCGUCACUGCCUUUGCGAAAAGAGCUAUUAUCGCUCAUCAGCUUACAUGCUGCCUGACACAAUGGUGGUUCGAAAAGGCGGUUUUGACUGCCCAGUUGCUUGACCAAUAUCAAAACAACGCUGGAAUGACCUGCGGUCCUUUACAUGGCGUUCCAGUCAGUAUUAAGGAACACAUGCCGGCCAGUAACCAUUGGUCCAAUGUUGGGUACUUGGCGACUCGAAAAUUUGACACGGAGGAUUGUCAGAUGGUUAAGAUUCUCAGGGAUGCGGGUGCUGUUCUGUUCUGCAAGACGAACCAACCCCAGUCAAUCAUGCAUCUUGAGACAACAUCGCCUUGGGGAAGAACCUUGAAUCCCCACAACAUCAACCUAUCGGCUGGUGGGUCCACGGGUGGCGAAGCUGCUCUUAUCGCUCUCCGAGGUUCAGUUUUAGGCAUUGGUACGGAUAUUGGAGGAAGUGUUCGUGGACCAGCUGGCUUCUGCGGUAUCUAUGGUCUCAAGACGACAUCCUACGUUUUCCCUCAGAAAGACUUCUUACCAGGUGGUUUUGCCGCUGAACUGAAUGUCUUAUGCUCGGCUGGGCCAAUGUGCACCUCACUUCGUGACGUUGACCUGCUCAUGUCGAUCGUCUCUAGUUCUCGUCCUUGGCUCAAAGACCCUCGACUUGUUCCUCUUCAUUGGACGGGACGGUUGACGGAAAACAAGCCGUUGAAGAUUGGACUCAUGAUCAGUGACGGGGUCAUCACUCCACAGCCUCCUGUGACAAGAGCUCUUGAGUGGGCAGCCCGGGAGCUCCGAUCUAGAGGGUUCGAUGUGAAACCCUUCCAACCCUACGGGAUGGCAGAAGCGAUGAAUGGUAUUCGCCGUGCGUACUGGCCUGACGGAGGCAAAACAGUCAAAGAGUAUCUCGCAGCCACGAACGAACCCAUGAACACCUUGACUCAAUGGAUCAUUCGAGACGCUGAAGGUCCCGGACUGGAUGCCAAUGGCGUCCUCAAGCUUCGUGUAGAGCGCGAUGAUUUUAGAUGCCGUUUCGCAGAGCACUGGGAGUCAGAAGACGUGGACUUUGUAAUUUGCCCUGUAUUUGUUGGCCCGGCGUGUUCUCACGAGACAGCGCUCUACUGGAAUUACACCGCGCUCUGGAACUACGUUGACUACCCCGGCAUUGUUAUUCCGACACCUAUCAAGGCCGGGGCGAGAGGAACUGAGAACUAUCCACCGAAUAGUACUCCUCUAAGUAAGGAAGAGGAACAGGUCAGAAAAUUCUGGGCUGAUGGUGAUUUUGAGGGAGCGCCUAUCAAUUUGCAGGUGGUUGCGAGGAAAUAUCAUGACAAUGAUCUUUUCGCGGCGGUGACGGAGAUUGACAAGGUCAUAAAUAAGCAAUAA